AUGGUUAAAGGAGAGCUUCUCACCCUCGGUGCUGCCGCCACGGCAGUCGGCGGCGCCUACAAGGUUGGAGAGUUCCUCUUCAAGGCGAAGCGAUCUACGUGCGCAUCAUUGGGCCGCGUCCGCUCCGACCUCGAUGAAGUGCGUCGCCUGCUGUCCGUCCGCGAAGUCCACGAUGCCCUCGAGGCCAACCCCGAGAAGUCGCGCUGGGUCUACGGCGCCAUGCGAGACGUGCGCGGCGCCCUGGAGAACAUCACGCCGCACACGGAGCGCGUCAGUGGUGAUGUCGAAGCCGGACGCCGCAUCGGCGUUCGUCACCGCGUCUACUGGCUGUUGAGCGAGAAGGAGAAGCUCGAGAACCGCGAGAAGGAGCUCAACUUCGCCCACGCCAGUCUUUCCGAGGUGCUCGGCUACCUGACCGCUCUGGAGCCCGUCGAGGAGCCCAAGAAGCCCAAGGAGAAGGAGUCGACCAAGGAGACCCAUAUCGACAUCGACAUCCAUCGCGACGCUCCGCCUCCUCCUCCUCAGCAUCAGCACACCCACGCGCCGCCCCAGCACACUCACGAAAGGGUCGAGCGCGAGGUCUACAUUGAGCGCGAUGCUGCUCCCCGACGUGUCGAACGUGUCGAGGAGCGUGACGUCUACUUCGAGCGCGACCGCCAGGGCCCGCCUCGCUACGAGCAGCACGCCGACAUCCACAUCGACGAGCAUGGCCCCCAUCACCAGCACGUCGAGGCCGACAUCCAUGUCCAGCGCGGCCGUGACCCCCGCCACCUCGACCAUCCCCAACGCUACGAGGCCCAGUAUGAUGACCGCUACGAGCAACACGACCAGUACCGCUCCGAGUACCCCGAGGAACGCCACCACGAGUCCCGCCCCUUCCCUGAGCCUCUAGGCCGCCGCCCCGAAGCCUACGAGGACCGUCUCCCUGAGCGCGACUCCUGGAUGCAGAGCGACGCCCGUCGCGCCCGUGCCCAAGGACAAGGACAAGGCAACUACGGCCCGUACGGCGAGUAUGCCGAGUACGGCGCCCCGCAGCCCGUUGGCGCGGCCCACUACCAGCGUAGGUUCCAAGGCGACGCGGGCUUUGGCGACGAAGAAAUACUGAAUCCCCAACCAGUGCCUCUCUCCAAGGAGUACAAGGAACGCGAGAUGUGGAUUGAACAAAAGGAAGACUACCGCUUCGAUCAGUACGGCAACAGGCUGCCUGACAGAUUCUUCCAGCCUCCCGUUCCCAGGCCGUAUCGCAGCCGCAUGUAGAUAGCCCAGCCUGGAUGAAAAUUUGUAUGUACCACCGCGGAGAUAUAAUGAGCUUGAACUUUUUGUCUUUUGUGUAAGCAAGUAUCCCCCAGAUAGUCUUUCGGAUGGCAGAGGCGGCUUCUUAUGUAGCU